AUGGAAAAAGGAAUCGUAAACCCUAAGGUAGAAACAAAGGGUUCUCUCUUGUUAGCAUGGCAGGUAAAAAAUAAACAUUGUUUAGUAAUAGGCGGGGGGGAAGUUGCAUUCAGUCGAAUAGAGCAUAUGCUAAGAGCGCAAGCGAAGAUAACGGUCAUUAGUGGAGCCGAUAAGGUGCAUCCAGAGAUAUUGAAACUAGUAGAUCGUGGGGUUAUCUACAAGUUUGAGCAUCGGGAUUACUUGAGUUCAGAUUUGACCUUGUAUGAAAGAAAUGAUUUUCAGAUAGACAAUGUGGAUUUAAUAGCGAAAGAACAUUAUGACGCUAUUGGUCAAGGAGUCAAUAACGAAACUUUUGCUAUAGUUUGCUGCUGUAUAGACGAUUAUGAAUUGUCUUCUAAAAUAUACUACCAAUGUAAAUAUCUUCGUUUGCCUGUGAAUAUCGCAGAUAAACCAUGGUUAUGUGAUUUUUAUUUCGGUAGCAUGAUCAACAUGGAUAAUCUUCAAAUUAUGGUCUCUACUAAUGGGAAGUCACCGAGAUUGCUGAAGUUGAUAAAAGAUUCAAUAGCUAGGCAAUUCAAGGAUGUGGACUUGAACAAGGCAGUAGAGAAUCUAGGAUCAAUAAGAGCUCGUUUGCGUGAGACCGUGGUAGUCAAUGAGGAUUUAGUUAGCAUCGAUAGUCGAAUGAAUUGGAUCAAGGCUCUCACGGACUUUUUUGAUUUAAGACAAUGGAGCCAAUUGGACUUGUCGCUCGAAAAGGUAGAUAAAAUUGUUAGCUUUUUCCCAGAAUAUCCUCCAAAAGAUUACGAUCAGUUCAAAUCUACAAUUCUCAGCUAA